AUGUUAAGAAUACAAAAAGCAAAAUUUUCUAUAGCUUUGGUAAAGGAUCGAUGGUAUAAAAAUUAUGCUAAUAUUCAAAACAUCAAUACUUUAUAUGAUUCUUCUGGAAUAUAUGAUCAGAGUGUGAUUAAAAAUUCAUCUAUAACUUCUAUACAUGAGUUUCGAAAUUUUAGACAAGAUUUCUCAAAUCAAGAUUCUGAGAUUGAGCAUACAAUUGAAAAACGAAAAAUUUAUGAUAAAU